AUGCCGAGGGAGCUCAUCACACUUCAGGCCGGACAAUGUGGCAACCAAAUCGGGUCUCACUUCUGGGAGCAUCUGUGCCGCGAACACGGCAUCGCAAAGGACGGCACAUUGGAAGAGUACGCCGCCGAGGAGCAGGGCGGCGAUCGCAAGGAUGUCUUCUUCUAUCAAGCAGACGACGAGCAUUACAUCCCAAGAGCCAUUCUCGUAGAUCUGGAGCCAAGAGUCAUCAACAACAUUCUCUCGGGGCCAUAUAAGAACCUGUACAACCCGGAAAACAUCUACAGCAGCAAGACUGGAGGAGGAGCCGGUAACAACUGGGCGCAAGGCUACGCGGCGGGCGAGAAGAUUGCAGACGAACUCAUCGAGAUGGUCGAUCGAGAAGCGGACGGAAGUGACAGUCUCGAGGGCUUCAUGCUGAUGCACUCGAUCGCGGGUGGUACGGGCUCCGGUCUUGGCUCUUUCCUCCUCGAAAGAUUGAACGACGCCUACCCAAAGAAGCUCAUCCAAACCUACAGUGUCUUUCCCAACUCGGAAGAGACCUCGGAUGUUGUUGUGCAGCCAUACAACUCGCUGCUCUCGAUGAAGCGCCUCACCAACAACGCCGACAGCGUCAUCGUCCUCGACAACGCGGCACUGAGCAGAAUCGCGGCAGACCGCCUUCACCUUCAGAACCCAAGUUACAGUCAGACCAACCAGCUCGUGGCCACCGUCAUGGGCGCGUCGACCACCACACUACGCUUCCCCGGCUACAUGAACAACGAUCUCGUCGGCAUGAUUGCUUCGCUCAUCCCUACGCCAAGAGCGCACUUCCUCAUGACGUCGUACACCCCCUUCACAUCCGACAAUGUCGAGCGAGGCAAAGCCACCAUGAAGACCACCGUGCUUGAUGUCAUGCGCCGUCUGCUCCAGCCCAAGAACCGCAUGGUCAGCACGCUCGGCGCUUCCAAGUCCAGCUGCUACAUUUCCAUCCUCAACAUCAUCCAAGGCGAAGUCGAUCCACGGGACGUGCACAAGUCGUUGCUGCGUAUUCGCGAACGCCAUCUGGCCAGCUUCAUCCCGUGGGGCCCCGCCUCGAUCCAGGUCGCGCUGUCGAAGCGAAGCCCGUACGUGCCCAGCUCGCAUCGCGUCAGCGGCCUCAUGCUCGCCAAUCACACCGGCAUCGCGAGUCUGUUCAGGAGGAUGGUGGAUCAGUACGACAGGUUGAGGAAGAGGAGCGCCUUCCUGGAGAUGUACAAGCGCGAGCCCAUGUUUGCCAACGACCUGUCCGAGUUCGACGAGGCGAGGGAGACCGUGGCCGAGCUGAUGGCCGAGUACAAGGCGGCGGAGAGCCCGGAUUACAUUACGGGUCAGCCAGACGAUCUUUGA